CUUUUAUCUCUUGCAGCGGCUGACUUUUCCAAGCCGCGUGUCAAAAUGCUCUACAAGUUCUUCAUGCAUUGACCGCUUACUUCCUGCUUUCGAUCAGUUGGCUUGGGCGAGUAUGGAAAGGCGUCCUUCGGAUCCUCCGCCAUGUGAUCUCCAUCAACCACGACUGGCUAUCGUAUAACAUUUUGCAAGUGUCUGAAAAGUGUUUCAAGGUUAUGUAAAAUGGCAUGCUAUAUCCGUUGUCACACAUGAACCCAAAAGAUUGCGGCUGAAUUUGGCAACCAAGGUAGGUGAUGCUUUAUAUAUCUAACGUCAAAGACAGAGACACGUUGGCGCUCAGAUCUCCUCCCUUUAUCCAUCUAUCCUGAACCAGCCAGACCUUUUACGACCAAUGCGCAGGCUCUGGAAUAUCAGUCUGGCACUCUCAGCUUGGCUGGAACCUGUCCUUCGCGCAAUGCUGACAGUCUUGCCGGAAAACAACUUUGCGUCGGGUAAAUACAGUCCCCACGUAGAUAGUCGAGCUCCGUUCCUGCUCACCUUGUCUGAGGAUGAGUUUAAGCUCGACAAUUGGGAAGAAAGCAAAGGCACAUCUUCGCCGUCUGCGUCGUCGGAUGGGCAGGGGUCAAUAUCCUCCUCGGUGGGCUCAUUGCAUGGCUGCUUACUCUUCGGUUCGAGCAAAUCAGAAGCCGGCUUCUGUUCGGAUGCACCAUGCUUGCCUCGAUUCGCUGCAGACUUGAAGCCUUUGGAUAUCUUCCUGCCCCCAGCCUUCGCAUUUAAUACGCCCAUACUGGCCUUGUCUCUCAAAAAGAUUAGCGAGUUACGCGCAGCGUUACUGCCGGCUUUGGAUUGGAUUGUCAACUUCUUCUCUUCCUGAAGCUCCACAGCCUUGGAGUUCGUGCUACGCAUUCUGAUGUCCUCGCCUUGCUGUUGGAUGGCGGCACGAAUCUUCGCAACGAACUCUGCGAGUUCCGGGGAAAUGUCCUCACUAUGCUCCAUCUCAGUGUGGCACGACUUCUGAUCGUUGGAAUCCACAGAUGAUCCGUGGGAAGAGACGGCAGUGAGUUCCAGCUCUUCUGCGUCUUCCUCUUCUUCUCGAAUAGUCUGCAUGGGGGAGAUUUUCGAUGAUACCGACCCUGAACGCCAUACCUCAGAUGGGUUUCGCGCCGGGUAGACAACCUCGAUCGCGGCGGAAAGAGGUGAUAUCGGAACUGGGCCGCUCAUGGUGUUCUCUUGGGGUUUUCCUAAAAUCAGUCCUGUCCUCUCGAUGUUGCGUCACGAUCAAGGCAGUGUAUGAGAGGACUCGACAGAACUUAUCUUUUGUGUCAGGGUAUUUAUAGUAUCAAUACACUAUUCUUGGACGAACAAAAAGGUCCAUUGUCAACAACAAAGCAACCGCCUGGACAACGUGUCCUCGCCAUUGAGCGGUAACAAAGAUCCAUUAUACGCUCGAAGGGACAAAGAAAAUGUGUGCUUGGGCAGACUGG